AUGUUUGACGUAAGGUUCCCGGUGCGUGUGCUGUCAGAUGGCGGAUGGCACCGCGUGUCCGUGGCCGUGUCUGCAGGAAGCCUUGCCCUCUACGUGGACUGCGUUUUGGUGGAAGACGUAAAGUGGGGCUACCCAGGCAUGGACAUCAGCACAGACAGCUUGCUGGUUGUGGGCGGCAUCAUCGAGGACUCUGAGAUACCGUUUGAGGGAGACCUAAGGCAGGUGACCUUUUUAAUGGGUGACCCCGAUGCAGCAAGGGACCACUGCACCCUCCACCUGCCAGUGUGUGAGAAGGCAGCCAAACCUACACCAACGGCCAAGAUACUGCACCAGCUGGAGGUACAGAGCUCUGAACAUGCCUCCCUAAGAACAGAUCCAGAUUAGAGUAUGUCACCCAAAUGCC